UAUAGUAUAUGAAAGUAAAUUUGCUAAAUUCCAAGCGCUAUGGUUGUGAACCUAUGAGAUUGCUCUUGCGGCUUACAUAUAAACAAAGUUCUUAAGUUAAAGAAACAAAAAAGUUAAUGUGCAACUAAGUAAACAUAAAAUUGUGGCAUGAAACGUGCACAAAAGCAGCAACCAUAAUACGACAAGUGACAACUAAAUUAUAGUUACUCGUAUUUUAACUACAAACAAAAGUGCAUAGAAAAUAAGAAGUAUACAUCACACCCGCCAGUUCAACCGAAUAACAGCCGUGUUGCAACCCGCCUAGGUACCACACUUUGACUUUCUCCCAGUGUAGCACUACCAAAAGCCUGCCAAAUGAAAAUGGUAGAUAAAUCGUCCAAGUUGGAUAAGUUUAGCGCCAACAUAGGCGGUGGCGGCUCCGGCGUUGGUGGUAGUGGCAUUGGUGGGGUUGGCGGUGCUGGUAGUAGUGGCGGCAAUAGUGGUGUUAUGACCAGCACUAGCAAUUAUGGCGCUGCCGCGGCCAGUGGCGUUGGCAGCCAAAAUAUUCAGAAGCCGGUGCCAAUGAAAUUGUUCGCCGCCUGGGAAGUGGAUCGUACGCCACCAAAUUGCAUACCAAGGUAAGUUUUGCAUUUUUCUCUCCUUUUUUACGUAUAUAAUUGUCAACUUUAGCCCUUUUUACGAUGCCCGCGCUAAGUAUUUUGGGUUUUUUUGUUCGUUUGUGCAGUUGUUCAACCUUGCAAUAAUACGUAACCACAGAAAUUCCUUGAAUUGGGUGACAUAUGUUCAUUAGGGUGCCCUUAUUUCGAAAAGAGUUCAGGUUCUCGGUCUCACUCCCUAGAAAUGUGUGAACAGCCUAAAACUAAACUAUGCGAAGUUUUAGGUCAAUCAAAAAAGAUUUAGAGGUGCCUCAAAGCGCGAAUAGUUUCCCAUG